GAAUACGAAUACGACGCUAACUUUAUGGACAUAAUUUAGUAGUCUAUUCCUUUUUUGCCGGAUAUCACGCCGUUUUGCCUUAUAUUAUAAAUUUGUGUAGAGUAUUGAAAGCGAGGUGUUUUGCUGACAUGUUACUAUAAUUUCAUAUUUCAAAAAGUUAUCUUUUCUUAAAAACAAAUAGAAGGUCUCACAGAAAAUCCUCAAAAUACACUGUCCAUCUUUCAGCCAUCUUGCUGAUGCGUGCGUGUUUGGGCGCCGGGCCUCGGGCCAGAAGGGAGCGUUUUCAUGUUCCCUCGGGGUUCAGGCGCACUACAUUCUUCAACAUCUGCUUGAAAAUAGCCGCACCAUUCGGUCAGCUGUGACGGCACCCUGCCGGCAGCUGGUGACUCUCGCCGGUGUCUGGCGGCUCGCGCCCCUGCUCAGCGUCGCCGGGUGUCCGCGCGCGCGCGCGCCGCCGCCGCCCAGUGCCGGUCGGCCGCCGGCCCGUCCGGUGGCCUGCCCGCCGUCCGCCGGCGGUGACCCCUGUGUGCAGCUGACCCGGCCGACGGCCAUGCCGCUCGUCAGUCGCGCGCGCGUCUAUGCCGACGUGAACUCUCACCGGCCGCGCGAGUACUGGGACUACGAGUCGCACGUGGUCAACUGGGGGCAACAGGAUGAUUAUCAGUUAGUUCGCAAGUUAGGUAGGGGCAAAUAUAGUGAAGUGUUCGAAGCCAUCAACAUAACCAAUAAUGAAAAAUGUGUGGUAAAAAUAUUGAAGCCGGUAAAAAAGAAGAAGAUCAAACGAGAGAUCAAGAUCCUGGAGAACCUGCGCGGCGGCACGAAUGUGAUCAGCCUUCAGGCGGUGGUCAAAGACCCCGUGUCGCGGACGCCUGCGCUCAUUUUCGAGUACGUCAACAACACAGACUUCAAGCAGCUGUACCAGACGCUCAACGACUAUGACAUCCGGUACUACCUCUACGAGCUGCUCAAGGCGCUCGACUACUGUCACAGUAUGGGCAUCAUGCACCGAGACGUCAAACCGCACAAUGUCAUGAUCGACCACGAGAACCGCAAGCUGCGGCUGAUCGACUGGGGCCUGGCCGAGUUCUACCACCCCGGCCAGGAGUACAACGUGCGCGUGGCGUCGCGCUACUUCAAGGGCCCUGAGCUGCUGGUCGAUUACCAGAUGUACGACUACUCUCUGGACCUGUGGUCGCUGGGCUGCAUGCUGGCCUCGAUGAUAUUCCGGAAGGAGCCGUUCUUCCACGGCCACGACAACUACGACCAGCUGGUGCGGAUAGCCAAGGUGCUGGGGACGGAGGAGCUCUUCGAGUACCUGGACAAGUACCAGAUCGAGCUCGACCCGCGCUUCAACGACAUACUCGGCAGACAUUCCCGUAAGCGCUGGGAGCGGUUCGUUCACGGCGAGAACCAGCACCUGGUGUCAGCCGAGGCGCUCGACUUCCUGGACAAGCUGCUGCGCUACGACCACCAGGAGCGGCUGACUGCCCGAGAGGCCAUGGAGCACCAGUACUUCUACCCGAUCGUGAAGAACUCUGCGCGCCAGCAGUCGAUGUCGUCCUCGCCGACGCCGAUGACGGGCGCCGUGUCGGGCGCGCUGGUGGCCGACGCCGUCGGUGGCGGCAUGCCCAGCUCGCCGAUCGUAUCGCCCGGCGCGCCGCCGCUCACCGCCGCCACCAGCAACCAGUGAGUGGCGCCCCGGCCGUCCGCCGGGACGCCCGCGCCCGCGCGCGCGCGCGCGAGCCGCUCGGACCUGACGCGCUCCGACCACCCGACCGGAGCGCGCGCCUCGCGCGGCGAUCGCGCCGCAGCGGCCGCCGUCGCCGCCAGACUGUACAUGUUUGCAAAUAUUUAACAUUUUCCAUCGGUUUUGUUGAAAAGUGUCCCGGGCGUCGGCAGCAGCUAAUCCAUGGAGACGGCAGAGUGCGACCGGCCCUGAGCGCGUGCGGCGCCAAGUGAACGUGACAGAGUAGCGAGCGCGCGCGAGAGAGAGGGAGCGAGCGAUGAGGGACGGGACCAGGGCGCCGGCUGCGGCGCCGGCCGUCUUCGCGCACGUCCGCUGCCGUCGACGCCACCGGCCAGGGAGCUAGCCGCUGACACGUGUACACGGCAUUGAAUAAAGUGGACUAUGACGGCCGACUGUGCCGAGACUGUGCGGUGUUGUGCGGCCCUCUGUUCAACCCCGGGCGGCCGGCCGAGCGCUGGACACGGCUCGGACGGAGCCAGACGCGAGCUGCAGGUCGUGUUGGUGGUUUCCGACUGUGGUUAUGGAAUUACGGAGCGUGUUAGGAGUUCACGGAGCUGUCAAUCGUCUGGAGUGGUAGCGCUAGAAUUUCUACUCAUCGGCGCCCGGUACGGGGGGCCGACCCAGCGAUGAAUUUGGUCGAUCCGCGGCGCGCGAGCGAACAGUUGGUUGGACGUGCGACCGUACGAAUCCAGUCUGGUCUUUAGCUUGUUUUUACAUUGAAUUCGAAUACCGUGCGGAGUUGUACUUUUGUUGUCAAUGCUGGUCAAUGAAGGCAGUCUCGGUGAACGUCA